ACUGCGUAGCUCUUCUUCCGGUGGAUAAGCGCCUACGAAAGUGCAGUAGAACCGCCAUUCUUCGAACUGUGGAGCUUCGUGAAUUGCCCAGCGAAAAAUGGCGGCAGCUUCAUUUAGUUGCUUUGCUCUUCCUUCUAAGUUCGGGAAUCUUUCCCUUAAUGCUUCUUCCUCCUGUUUGCCUGUUUCCUCUUCUUCUUUGGCUCUCAGAUCUCUCAGUUUCUCGUCCAAUGUUUCAGUUUCUGCCUUCUCCGAUGGGUGCCUGUCGAUGAGUGGAGCUCAGAGGCCACUUCGUUACUCUGUGGUUUGCGAGGCGGCUCCUCAGAAAAAGGCUGAUUCUGCUGCAAAGAGAGCCCGGCAGGCUGAGAAAAGACGCACUUAUAACAAAGCCCGGAAGUCCGAAAUCAGAACCAGAAUGAAGAAGGCUAUGGAAGCUUUAGAUGAUCUGAAGAAGAAACCUGAAGCACAAUCAGAGGAAGUCCUGCCAGUUGAGAAGCUCAUAGCAGAAGCAUACUCAGUGAUCGACAAAGCCGUGAAAGUCGGAACAUUGCACCGAAACACUGCAGCACAUCGAAAAUCUCGGCUAGCCAGAAGAAAGAAAGCUGUAGAGAUCCACCAUGGCUGGUACACCCCUGCCUCACCAGCAGCUGCCUGAUGCUACCCUCUUGUUCUCAUUGCUGAAGAAGGAGUGGGAAGAUCAGAUCAGAUAUUGACAAGUUUGUUUCAUUUUCCUUCAUCUGUUUCUCUUAUUUUGAUAUUUAGUUUGAAUCUUGUUCUUUGUCUACUGCCGAAGUUUCACUUCUAUAUCAUCUGCUCUUGGUUAAUGGUUCCA